AUGCGAUUAUAAAUCCGCACACACUUCCGCCUAGUUUUCCCUCCUCCUCUCCCAAAAAUAAAUCAACGACACUAGACUAGUCCCAAUUCUAGUCAGUCUCCAUCGAGGGUGACUCGGACCACCAACCUCCCCGAUCGCAAUCAAGCCCACCACGCAUCGCAACGGCCGUGCCCACUACUAUAUAUCUCAACACUACAGUACAGCAGGGAAUUUUCCAGCCCAGAAACCCCCAGAAUCGCAAACGACAACCAUCGGGUGUCACCUCUAAACCUCCCACAAACCACAAACCUAUACACAAAUCAAUCAAAAUGGGCACCCUCAGUAGAUCCGCCAUCAUCGUCAUCGUCAUCGUCGCCUGUCUCGCCGUCGUCGCGUUGGGCGCCGCCCUCUUCAAGACCUACGGCGGGCCCGAGAAGGAGCGGCCCUACAACUUCUCCCGCGAGCAGGAAUCCUACAUGCGCUCCGUGCGCUUAAAGAAUCUGGGCUUCUUCCAGCGCGAGUCCAUGAUGGGGUACCCCGGGGCUGGUGGCGGUGGUGGUGGUGGUGGUGGGAAGGGCCCUGCGGCGUCGGUCGUCCGGGAUGUGGAGUCGGGAUAUUCGGAGAAUGAUUCGUCGCAUUACUAGUUUCCGUCUUUUGUUGGCACCACUUUUCCGGAGGGUUCCGGAUCUCGCUUCGAUGAGGACGAUACGAUACCAUUUUGCGAGUCCCUCAAGGAAAAAAGCUAUUUGUGAAGCGCGUGGAUAUUGUAUGAAUUGACGAUUAUGGGGGUUCUUUUCUUUGAUUUGCUCAAACCAUUCGGGGUUUUAUACUACCACUUCUGCUGGGUCUGAUU